AAAAAAAAAACUGCCGAUAAGCGCUCAGCAGUUUUAUUUGUUGUGACAAUAACUUAUUCAUCGUAACAAACCUCUUUUCCACACAAACCUAUUCAGACUUUUUCCUUCUUCUAAUUACUGCUGUCAUCCGCCAUGACAGCCGCCCGUCAGUUGCAAGCAAAAUGUCCUCGCGACAUCACCAUCCAGCAAAAUGUCUUCGUUUACAAUAAAAUAGAAAUCCAAGAACAGCAGCCAUGUGAUUUGUAACAAAAGAAAUAUACGUAUUUUAAAAAACUUUUUGUUGCUUCGUAAGGGGAACGCAAAAUGGGGAAUAUGCCGGGACACCACCAAGACCGCACGCCUUUCGGCGGGGGGGGACCGUUUGGCAGGGGCGGCCCGUUUGGCCAGCAGCAGGGAGGGCAAAUUGUCCAGGGGGCGGCGAUCCAACAGCAGCCGGGCUUGCAGCAGGGCGGAUACCCACACCCGCCUUACCCCCACCCCCCACAGACACAGAACUACGGACAGCAGACCGGCGGUAGGGGCCCAGCGGUCUUUGGUCCCCUGCAAAGGCCUGACCUCGACAACAGAGCCCCAGCACCAGGAACAGCUAAACUACGUCCACCAAGCGAAGACAGGAGGCACGCACACGAUGAAGUAAGAAGACAAGGAAUAGAUGACACCGAAGUAUCUCUCUACAAGAAAUACUUGGAUCACAAGCAAACCCAGGCGGCAUCCACCAAGCAUAUCCCACUUGCACCCACACACUCGUCCAACGAAAGAACUGAAACUCUUCUUGACAGUGGUCCAGCAACAGGCGCCUUAGUCAUUAAGGACGUGCAGGGGCAAACACCGCCGCAGCAAGUCCAUACACCUCUGCCCCAAGAAACGGAAAGCAGAUCAGAAAUUCAUGAGCAAAAAAGACAUUCAUUAGUGCCUGAUCCCCCAAAUCCGCCAAAUCCAGAACCCCUUUGCAAGCACGUACCACACGAGCCCGAGAAUGUGGAGGAGGAAGAAAGGACUCAAAUACAAGAGCCACCGAGGCACAACAGUAUUGGGAACUCAGAUAUAUCUUUGCUCAAUCGACCUUUACAGACGCAGACCGAAAGCAAACGCGUAUCUCAUAAACCUGUCAACAUAAAUGAUGAAGAACGAACACAGAUUCAGGAAACGCAGAGACACAACGGUGUAAGUUCAGAUAUAUCUUUGCUCAACCGACCGUUGCAGACACAGGCUCAAAGCACGCACGUGCCUAUCAGCCCAACUGGGUCCGAAACAGACUUCAGAGUGAGUCCCGUACAUGAGUCCCAUCAAACGAGAAACGUUAGUAUCAUGACUCGAUUAAAAGACCGCAUCGCUUCUCGCAAUAGGUUUUUGAAUUACUUAAUACCUAGAUCGAGAACGAGGCGAGCAUCGCGACGUGGGAGCAGUCGCGAGCCUAGGACGUAACUAGGAAAUAGGAAGCCAUUGUAAAAGCGACCUAAAUUUCAUAAACGGUACUCAUAAU